AUGCCAGCUAAGAAGCUUAGAGGAAACGAUGACGACCCCCUCGCACGCGUCCUGGCCCCGCCGCUCGAUGAAUCCCCACACGACCGGGAGCUUCGGAUAAAGGCUGAGGAGGAAGCGAAGCGCGUGUCCGACGCCAUAGACGAGGACAUCGCUCGCCAGCGCCAAGUUGAUAAGAAGGCCCCUAAGCCAAUAAAGAUCCUCCUCCUAGGAAAAUCCACCACCUUGAAAAACUUCCAACUCAUGAACUCGCCAAAGGCUUUUCGUCAUGAACGCGCUUCAUGGAGAGCCAUCAUCCAACUCAAUGUCGUCCAGUCCGUGCACUCCAUUCUCGAGCUCAUGAGCAAAGCCCCCCAUGGAUCCUCACGGCCCAGCACGGCCAACCUUGGCGCCACCAGUCCCGGUGGCAGUAAAGAUAGAGGAUAUCCCACCCUGACCGCCGAACAUCUCAAGCUCAAAAUGCGGCUGGCACCGCUCAUCCAGGUCGAAGAGUCCCUUGUUCGGAAGCUGCUCGGCUCUGGCAUCCACGGCUAUGACUGCUCCAAACUCUCGAACGUGACUAACUUGCCAUACUCGGAACGUCUCACGACAGACGGGCGCAAGGAGCUCACGGUGAACUCCGCGAGCCGGUGGAAGGGCACGUUCAACCGCCUAUUCAAUGGGCGGGAGAGUGUGGAGAGCGAGAUGAUGAUAGACUGGGAUGAUCCGGACGACCCGGGCAACAUUCUGCAUGCUUGUUCCGAAGAUAUGAUCAAGCUGUGGGCUGAUCCGACCAUCCACAAGCUCAUGGAUGUUGAGAAGAUGCGGCCAGAGGAGAUGGCGGGGUUUUUCCUGGAUGCUAUCGACCGAAUAACAUCGCCACGGUAUAUCCCAACAGAUGAUGAUAUCCUACGAGCGCGACUAAAAACGCUUGGAGUGACGGAGUACCGGUUUGCCGUGAAAACGGGCUCUACUAUGAGCACGGACUGGCGCGUCUUCGACGUCGGUGGCCAGCGUUCAUUGCGAGCCGCAUGGGUACCGUUUUUCGACGACAUGAACGCCAUCAUCUUUCUGGCCCCUAUCAGCGCAUUUGACCAGGUGCUUGCCGAGGAUGUGAACGUCAAUCGCUUGGCCGAUUCGGUGCUACUGUGGAAGGCGAUCGUGUCGAAUCCGCUGCUGAAGAAGACGGACCUCGUGCUGUUCCUGAACAAGUGCGAUAUCCUUAAGGCGAAGCUCAAGGCCGGUAUCAAGCUCGGCGACUACAUCGUCUCGUAUGGGACCCGUCCCAACGACUUUGAGAGCGCGUCACAAUACCUGCGGAAAAAAUUCCAUGCGAUCCUGCGAGAGCACUCGCCCGAGCGGCCAUUCUACUGCCACUACACUUCUGUCACGGACGUUGCCUCGACGACGCUGAUCCUCGAGAACGUUCAAGACGUGAUCGUCCGCGACAAUCUGAAGCGCAGUGCACUCGUGGGAUAG